AUGAGCAAUUUUUCUACAACUACUUCAUCCAAUGAUUAUAUGUCUAAGGUCAUUGAUAGGAUACUUGGUAGUAAAACCCCUGAUCAAGCACUGAAUUACUUCAAUUCAGUUUCGAUGUCGAUUGAUGUAGCAAAGAAUCGCCGAGCUCAUUCGGCGAUUGUUCAUGUUUUAAGCAAUGCCAAAUGGUACUUGCAGGCUAGGUGUUUGUUAAAAUGCCUCAUCCAGGAUCUUCUCUUGACUUGCCCACCUUCCCGUGUUUGUUCCAUUGUUUUUAAGGACUUGAGUCGGGUUGAUCAAGCCAUUUGGGUAUAUUAUAAGAUUGAAGAAUUGCCUUCAAUUCAGGCUUGUAAUGCACUUUUGAAUGGGUUAGUUAAGGCGGGUAGGUUUGGUUCGGUUUGGAGAACUUAUGACAAGAUGAUUGAGAAAGGGAUGGUUCCUACUGUUGUUACGUAUGGUACUUUGAUUGGUGCUUGUUGUGGUGAAGGGGACAUUGAGAAAUCACGAGUCUUGUUUGAUGAAAUGGUUGGGAAAGGGUUCAGACCAACAGUUGUUAUCUUUACGACUUUGAUUCAUGGUUUGUGUAAUAAGGAUAGGUUGUCAGAAGCGGAAGAUUUAUUUAGGGUAAUGAAAGAUACUGAUGUAAUUCCCAGUUUAUACACUUACAAUGUUUUGAUGGAUGGACACUGUAAAAUAGGCAACUUGCCACUUGCUAUGGGACUAUAUAGGGAAUUGCUUAGCCGUAACUUGGUGCCUAAUGUUGUUACAUUUGGAAUUUUAGUUGAUGGUUUUUGCAAAAAUGGUAGAGUGGAGACUGCAAGAAGCCUCUUCCCUUGUAUGAUGAAGGCUGGUAUUCCUCCUAAUGUAUUUGUAUACAAUAGUUUGAUGGAUGGGCUCUGUAAGGCUGGAAAUCUCACUGAAGCUCUGGCUAUGUAUGGAGAGAUGGAAACUUUUCGUAUCCCUUCAGAUGUUUUUACUUAUAGUAUUCUCAUAAAGGGUUUAUCUGAAGUAGGUAGGGUGAAAGAAGCAGAUGAUCUACUUUUAAAGAUGAAAGAUGAAGGAAUUCUUGUGAAUUCUGUGACAUACAACUCUCUUAUAGGUGGACAUUGCAAACAAGGCAACAUGGAGAAAGCUCUGGAACUAUGCUCACAGAUGAUAGAAGAAGGUAUAGAACCUAAUGUUAUCACCUUCUCUACACUCAUACAUGGAUACUGUCAAAAAGGGAAUGUGGAUGCUGCAAAGGGCAUAUACUCAGAGAUGAUAAUCAAAGGAAUUUUGCCUGAUGUUGUGACCUAUACAGAUUUAAUCAAUGGGUUUUUUAAAAAUGCUGACACGGAGGGUGCUCUUGGCAUGUAUAAAGAAAUGCAGGAGGAAGGGCUCAUCCCUAAUGGUUUCACAGUUAGUUGUCUCAUUGAUGGGUUGUGCAAAGAUGGACGUCUUAAUGAUGCAUCCAAUUUUUUUUUAAAGGGUACUAUUUCUGCACAUUGUGAAGGCACUCAAAAUCAGUGUGAGAAAAGAACAAGUCCUUUUAAUCAUGUAGCAUAUACGGCUCUUAUACAAGGUCUGUGUAAAGAAGGAAGAGUGCUUAGAGCUAGUAAAUUUUUCUCAGAUAUGAGAAAUCUUGGUUUAAAAGCUGAUGUAAUUACCUACAUGAUCAUUAUUAUGGGCCAUGCCCGAGCUCUGCAUGUCCAAAAUUUAUUGAUGUUGCAGGCAGAUAUGUUCAAAUUAGGCUUCUUGCCUGACACAAUCAUUUACCCAAUCCUACACAAGGCUUACCAAGAAAUCGGGGAUGUCAAAUCAGCUUUGAAGUGCUUUGAGGAUAUACUUGGCUUAGGUGCUGCAUGGUCCAAGCAGAUGUUUCCCAAACAGUUGGGAGGCACUUUGUUAUUUGUUAAUGUUGAUUCGUGA